AUGGCUGACAGUGAUGAUGAAUAUCACAGACGUGGUGGACGUGAAAAGUUCGCUCGUGAACGGAAUGAUUAUGGUGAUCGGACUAGACGCGAUUAUGAUUACGAUAGACGCGGUGGGGGAACCAUGAAUAGUACAUAUCAACGAAGUGAUUAUGCAAAUGGUACAUUGGUGAAACGUACUUCACGUCGUGAUGAUUAUACAUCGACCGCGAAGCGAAGCAGAAUUGACAGUGCGUACGACACGUUUGAUCCUGUAAUGAAAGCAUCAGCAGAUGAAGAAUCAGUACCAGUAAUGAUGACCUUUAAAAAGUUUCUUGCGACACAAGAUGAUUCAAUAACCGAUGAGGAAGCGAUCGCAAAGUACUCGGAGUAUAAGCUGGAAUUUAAACGUCAGGAGCUGCACAAGUUCUUCCUAACACAUAAGGAUGAAGAGUGGUUCCGUCUGAAGUAUCAUCCAGAAGAUAGCGGUAAACGAAAAGCUGAUCAGAAGGAAAACGUAUUGCAUCGAUUGGAAAUUUUCCAAAGUUUGUAUGAUGGGGAUCUCAUCAAUAAUUUGCAAAUUGAUUAUGAUUAUGCUCCAGAACUUAUACGUGUCAUGGAUACAUUGGUUGUCAAGCUGGAAGGUGGCACGGAAGAGGAUGUAGCAGCACUGAAGAGUGAAAAAAUUGAUGACGAGUCAGUUUUAGAAUUAAAAAAACUCAAGAGUGAGGAGAGUAAAAAAAUCGUUGAAAUUAAUGGACAGAGCAAAUCAAAAUCAGAAAAAACAAGUGGGGACAAUGAUGAUGGUGCUAUAAGUGAUUCUGAUGAUGAUAAAGACAAGCGUCAAAAAAGUGGUGAAAGUGAAGAAAACAUAAGAAGUGCAGAGGAGGAAAUUCGGCCGAGGAAAAAAAUGUUGUUACAUAAAACUUCUAGCAUUUUCCUUCGAAACGUUGCUCCUAAUAUUACAAUGGAAGAGAUUGAAACGGCAUGUAAACGUUUCCCUGGAUUUUUACGAGUCGGUCUCGCAGAUCCGGUUCCAGAUCGAAAAUUUCAUCGCAGAGGAUGGGUGACUUUUCGGCGAGAUGUUAAUAUCAAAGAAAUUUGUUGGAAUCUUAAUAGCGUUCGUAUCAAAGAUUGUGACCUUGGUGCAGUGAUAAAUCGAGACAUAACACGCCGUGUGCGUUCAGUAAAUGGAGUGACUGGUCAUAAACAGGUAGCUCAAAAUGAUUUGCGGCAAGCUGCUAAACUUACGGCUAUCUAUGACAAGAAGAAUGGCCUUUUUCAACCUGAGGAGCAAGAAGAACGACAGAGCAGUUUUGAAUUAGAUAUUAUUGCACAGAGUCAGAAUCCCUUAUUAAAGAAUUUAACCGAUUUUCUUAUCGAAGAAGCAAGUGCAGAAGAAGAAGAACUACUGGGCAUAUCGAGUGUAGAUCCGCACAUUAUAGAUGGUGUCAUUGAAGAGGAUCAGAAAGUCCCAUUCCAACGUGAUGAUGUAUUAAUUUCGAGGCUUGAUCGGAUAAUAAUGUAUCUUCGCAUUGUACAUUCUAUUGAUUUUUAUAAUCAUGGAGAGUAUCCUAAUGAAGAUGUGAUGCCAAAUAGAUGUGGAAUGAUGCAUGUUCGUGGGGCACCGCCAUCUCCAUCUCAAUGGGGAAGUGAUGAUGCUGGUAAAACGUUGGUUUUGCAGAAAUUUGUUACAGAUUUCAUAAGUGGAUUCAAUAAUCGGAUGGAAACAGCUUUAAUGAGUGAAAUUUCAUUAAGCGAGUCUGAAUUACAAAAUUUGGGUAAAAAAGAUAUCGAGAAAGAAGUAGAGGCGUUUAUCACAGCCAACUGUAUUGAGUUAGCAAAAGAUAAAUGGUUAUGUCCUUUAUCAGGAAAAAAAUUCAAGGGACCAGAAUUCAUACGAAAACACCUGACUACUAAGCAUGCGGAAAAAUUAAAUCAAGUGCGACAGGAGGCAGUGUAUUUUAACAAUUACCUAGCUGAUCCCAAAAGGCCUCAGAAUGCAGAAGUGAAAGUCAGUCAAUCAAGUCCUCAAGUGCCGCCCCGAGAGGAACGUCGGGAGCGAGAACGAGACUACGAUGUUGAUCGGAGUCGAAAUAACAAUGGCGGUGGUGGUAGUGCUGGUUGCAGUUCAUCCUACAUUGAUCGGGAUAGACGUGGUUAUGAGCGUAAUGUCUCUAGUGGCGGCGGUGGACGAUACGGUAGUUCGCAUGGCAGCAGAAGCUAUGAUCGGGGAGUAGCAUCACGAUAUUGGGAAUCAUCUGGCAGUGGACGUCGCGAUCCACGAGAACCAGUUACAUAUAAAGACCUUGAUGCACCAGAAGAUAUUUUUUGA